AUGGCGUUCCUCACGGUUCAAGAGUCGCUAACUUGGGCGAUUCUGUUCUGGAUGGUGGCGUUUCUUGUCUCAGCAGCAUUAGUGGGAAUCGUCAUGUACAUGCUCAUCUGUAUAUCGGACCUCGAAAACGACUUUAUCAACCCACAUGACGCCGCCAGAAGAGUCAACGGCUUUGUCUUUCCAGAAAUCUCCCUCCAUUCCGGCCUGACGGUUGUCUUUGGCCUCACCGGCCACUGGCUCAUGUUCCUUAUCAACCUUCCUCUCGCUCUCUACCACCUUCACCUAUACCUCAGGAAAGAGCACAUGGUGGACGUGACGGAAGUUUUCAACCAAAUAAGCGUUCAAAGAAGACGGCAACUAAUUAGAUUCGUCAUCUACCUGACUUUAAUGAUCGCCACUAUAUUCAGGAUGGUGGAGCGAGGGGUGACAGCAGUCAUGGAGAGCCAUGGGGGAGCAAUCCAUGCCAAAGUUUUGGGAAACGUGGCAGGCCUUUCCAACAUUUGUGCUCUUUCUUCUUCUCCCGCCACAAUUCCCUCUAGAUCUAGAUCUAGAAGCUAUCCCACCGCAAGCAUGGCUCGUAAGCGUAAGGGGCAGGCUCUUAACGACUGCCCCAAGAACUUAAACGAAAUCCCGUACAUCCGCUGGAUGAACCAGCAAAUCGCCAACGGUCGUCACCCCAGGGGCUUGUCCGCGCCACCCGUUCUUGACGGCCAGGGGUCUACUGCACCGUCGCCCACAGCUGCGCCGUCCCGUGUGCGCCGACAGCCUACCAGGACGGCGGCAACACACCGGCCCGCCGUGGAGGAAGACGUCGCAGAUGAUGACGACGACGAAGGCGACGACGACGUCGCCUCCGACGACGAGGACGAUAAACCUGAGGACCUUGGAAUGUCGCCCAGCGACGACGACGAUGACGACGACGAGGAUGCCCUGGACGACGCCACCGAGGAAGCACAGCCAGUCGCACCGCCGCCGAAACGGAAGACCGCACGCAAGGCUGUGUCCGAUAAGGGCAAAGGCAAGGCGGCGCAACCUGCAGCACGCCCAGAGCCGCGUAAGAAACGGGCUGCCGCACCAGUCGAGCGCGGCUUAUGGUCUGACAAGGAGAGCACCAUCUUCGCAGCGGCGAAGUGGUUUCUCAAGGAGGAGCUCGAGCCUCUCAAGGGGAAGCAGGGUACCCAAUACUGGGCCCGGCUGCUCGCACACAUCAAGGAGUCGAACCCCGGAUGGAUCCGGGGUGUCAACGCGCUCCAGAAACAGUGGCGUAACCUCAUGAUGCUAUGGCGGGAGUACAAGCGUGCCGACGAGGGGUCGGACAACGGCUCCGUGGAGAAACCACCUUGGUUUCCGUACCUGGAGCUGCACAACCAGGACACCGCCGCAGCCGCACCGCAUGCCGUGGACGGAGGUGGCGCGAAUAACGUCAACGUCUCGGCGGGCAUGGAGGUUCCGCAAUCGUCCCAGCCAGGCACGUCAACUCCUUGCUUCACAGCUCCUCCGCCAACGACUCCUGCCACACCCAGGCGUGCCCGGGUGCAUGAGACGGCCACCAUGCAAGCGGCGAUGCUCGUCUCCGCCACCAUCAAGGACUGCCAUGGCGACGCGAUGACUCGCAUCGAAGGCCUCGUCCGUGAAUGGAUGGUGCAAGAUCUCCGACUUGCCCGUGAGCGUAUGACAGAGUCGGCUCCCCCGGAUGUGCACCGCGCGCCCCAGGAUUUCUCUCCACCGCCGCCACGCGGGGAGUCCGCGCCUGCUCCCGAAACCGCACGGACGCGUGAGGACGUGGGCGACGGCAACACCGUCACUCCGGCGGCGGAGGAUGUGGAGAUAUGGGUUCGCGGCGCCGACGAUUAG